AAGCGACACAAGAUGGCAGGCGAGAAUGUGCUCAUUUUUGGGGGCAACGGAAGAAUUGCUCGAUCCAUGGCCAGUUUGAUGCUGGCCCGUUCAUGGAAGGUCACAAGUGUCAUCAGAAACGUCAAACAAAAAGACAGUAUCCUGCAACUAGGCGAGAACCAGCCUGGGAAGAUCAAUGUGCUGAGCAUGGAUAUGCAAAAUAUCAGGAAUCCAGCCGAUGUAUCAAGGAUUCUUGAGACUGUCAAACCGACUUGUGUUGUCUUUGCAGCAGGCUCAUUCCAGAACGUCUACGCCAUCGAUCGCGAUGCAGCCCAGCGAAUAAUAAAAGCCUCCACCGAUGCCCCAUUCAUCGCCAAAUUCUUGAUGCUUUCCUUUCCUUCGUCGCGCAAAAGCGCGGCCCCAUGGUGGGGGGAAAGCGAUAUUCAAAACUGGCAGCAAGAAAUAAACUCCUAUCCCGAUAUAGCCGAGGCCAAGAUUCAAGCGGAUGAGUAUCUGGUUGCCAUGAGCAAGGCGCGAGAAUCCUCUUCUGGCUCGCCCUUUCAAGCAAUCAGCUUGCGGCCAAGUUGGCUUCGUACAGGACCACCUAUGGGGCGAGUGAAAUUGGGCAAGACUCCUGCGUUGGGCCAGGUAAAUAUCGCCGAUGUUGCGGCGGUAGGAGUGAGUCUCCUGGCACGGAACGACACAAGUGGCUGGUACGAUCUAGUUCAAGGUUCCGAUAUCGUGGAAAAUGCAGUAGACAUGUGCGUGAAAAAUGAGGUCAACUGUAUUGAAGGGGAGGAUCUUGAUCGUAACUUUGCAUUUGGAGAUUAGCGUCUUUUAUAGUUUCGAGCGGUG